AAACAAGUCACGAAUGACGGUCUAGAAACUAUCGGCCAUCGCUAAAGACAACUAUUAAUUGAAAAAAAAAAAACAGAAAAAACAGCAAGUGCAAAUUUCGGAGAGUGCGAUUGUAAGCGAAUAAUUCUGGGUGUCGUAACCCGCGUGGAAUACCAAAAUGAGCAGUGCGGAGCAGGAUAACUACCGAUUAUCCUGAUCCUGGACUCCUGACAUUGUGUCCGUGUGUGUUUCGCUGUGUGUGUGAGGUCCGUGUGCCAGUGACGACAUUGACCCGCCCCGCCCCCCCCACGCCACACCCCCUUCCCACUUUGCAGGGGAAAAUGUGCCAUGCCAUUGUUGUUGUUUCUGGGCUGAGCUGGUCAGCGGAGCACUAGACACCCGAUAAGCCCGAGAAAAGACCAUGUUCAAUCGCCUAGCAAGCGGUGGUGGUGGAGGAGCUGCAGGAGCAGCCAGUGGCCAGGGUGCGGGCUCCAGCCUAACAGCUCCACCACCGGCCUGUGCUCCGCCAGCAGGAGCCAGUGCAUCCGGCUCUGGUUCUGGAUCCGGUUCGGGAUCAGCCCCGUCGCCCAGCCAAUCGCCCGAUCUCUACCUGCGCCCGCUGCCCUUCCUGGACGCGAAGUGGCUGCGCGCCGAUCUCAUCGCUUCCCUGCGCAACGUCGCCGAUGGGGCGGUGCUUUGGAACCACCUUAUCCAGGACUGUGAGCUGGUCUCCUCGCCCUCCGCCCCCAUCCUGAAUGCCCGCGGCCAGCUCUCGUACUUGGGCGACGAUGGCAAGCACUACUGUGGCGCCCAGCAGCUGAAGUGCUCCUGCUGUCAGCCGGAAUACUGCGGCCCGCUCUCCGCCUGCAACUGCGACGGCUGCCGGCCACUGGACUCGGAUACGGCCAUCAAGAAGCUCACCACACAGGCGGCCGCCCAGCAGGCGGCCCAUCUCAGCCAGGUCACCGACAUGGUGCUGAGCGGUUGGCUCUGGAGUCAGCCGCCGGCGCAGCAGGCGCGUCUGGACUGCCAGCGUUCCAUGAUUUCCGAGCUGCAGGAGCUGGCCCUGCGCUCUGCCGGCAACUGCCUGUCCGCCCAGCAUCUUCGCCAGCAGCUCUUCGUCUACGAGCGCUACUUUGUGGCCCUGAAGCGGGAAAGGGAGCGCGAGCGCCUCGCAGCGACGGGAGGACAGUCGGCGGUCAACAGUAACACCACAACCAACACAACCAACUCUACCACCACCACCAACAACGCCACCAGCAGCACCAUCGUUGCCAUCAAUGCCACCAAUGCGGCAGUGGAGCCACAAAUGCCGGAUCCGCCGGAGCACGGAGCAUUGGGCUUGGCGCGUGUGGCCACCCGGGCGGCACUCAACUUCAGCUUCGCCUUCCUGCGACGCGCCUGGCGCUCCGGCGAGGAUACGGAAAUGUGCAGCGAGCUUCUCAGUGAGGCGCUGGCUUCUCUGCAGGAACUGCCGGAGGCCACGCUCUUCGAGGCGGCCGUCGUCUCAUCGCUAUGGCUAGAGGUCAUGGAGCGGUCCAUCAAGUUCCUGCGUCUGGUGGCGCUCGGCGAUCCGAUGGGCGGUCGCUGCACCGCUCCGCUGAACGAUCGCCACACGGCGCUGUGUCUGCUGCUGGAGCUGGGUGUGCAGAAGGGCACGCUGGCCGCCACGCUGGAGUGCGUGGUCCUGCUGCUGAUGCUCUGGGAGAAGGAUCGCGCCGGCAACGACAAUCGGGAUAUGCCGCGCAAAACAGGAGCGCCGCUGCAGAGGAUUCUGCUGCGCUACCAGAAGAUCGGAGCCACCGCCAAGUCGGGCGGAAUCGCUGGCGGGGAGCCCGGUGCUCCGGUGGCCAGUGCCACGGAAACUUUUCUGCGCUUUCUCUCGCUGCCCAAGAGCAGUGCGGCCAUCGUGGACCUUCGUCGCGCCGCCGUCGUCAUCAUUUCCCACCUGGAUCGCAUGGUCCAGCCGCUGAUGCCGCGCUGCCUGCUCCGCAAUGGCCACGCCCCCGCUGCUGCGUCUGUUUCGGCUCCGCAGCAGCGGAUCUAUGCGCUGGGCUGGCCAACGCUCUCCAAGGAUCAGCAGGGAUUCAGCGCCGAGCCGACGAUCAGCUGGAGCGGCGAAUCCACGACUGUGCCCACGCUCAGCUGCCGGUUCCAGGUGAAGCAGGUGGCCUGCUGCGAGAGCCAGCUGCUCAUCCUCAGCCAGGAGGGCAAGCUGCACACCUGGCGGCUGGCCAAGCCGGAGGCGGAGCCCCUGCCCAUGGAGGAGGUCGCCCACGAGGUGUUCAUCAGCAUCGCCGGCCACUGCGAGGGACGCCACUUCCUGGCCAUCGACAGCAACCACAACGCCUACUCGUGGGGCACUGGCGAGGACCACCGCCUGGGCCAUGGCGACACCCACGCCCGCGCCGUUCCCACCAAGAUCGCCGCCCUGGAGCAGCACUGCGUGCAGUCGGUCUACUGCGGAUGCUCCUACAGCGCGGCGAUCACCUGCGGCGGCAACCUGCUCACCUGGGGCAGGGGCACCUACGCCCGUCUGGGUCACGGCAACAGCGACGACAGAUGUCUGCCCACCUUGGUGGUGGCGCUGGCCGAGCACAUGGUGGUGGAUGUGGCCCUGGGCAGCGGCGAUGCCCAUUCGCUGGCCCUCACGUCCGAGGGUCUGGUGUUCGCCUGGGGCGAUGGCGACUAUGGAAAGCUGGGCAAUGGCAACUGCAACGGCAGCCUGCAGCCGAUCCUCGUGGAAUCCCUGCCCAGGGUGCAGCGCGUCUUCGCGGGAUCGCAGUUCUCCGUGGCGCUGAGCAGCGAGGGUCAGCUCUUCACCUGGGGCAAGGCCACCUGUUUGGGCCACCAGCUGGUGGAGCGCAGCGUUCAGGGCUGCAGUGUUCCGCGUUUGGUCACCAGCUUGCAGCACAAACGCAUUGUGGACGUGGCGGUGGGUGUGGCUCAUUGUCUGGCGCUCUCCAGCAGCGGAGAGGUCUUUGGAUGGGGCCGCAACGAUAGCCAACAGGUGUGUCCGGCCUCCGUGUCCAGUGAACCGCUGCUGCGCACCCCCAUCCUGGUGGCCCUGCCCACGCUCCCCGCCAGCGGAAUCGCCUGCACGAGCAACCAGAGUCUCGUGUGGACCCAGAGCUCCCACCAGGGCGUUCCGCUGCGCGCUCCCUUCGUCAUCGACUUGGGGGAGCCCACGUUCCGGCUGCUGGACCAGCUGCUGGGGAUGUGCAGCAGCCAGGACAACCGGCAGACGCCGAACCAGGAGAGCGAGUGCAUCGCCGUGGCCUGUCUGAAUCUGGUGCGCCUGCAGCUGCUCGCCCUCAUCGCCAACGGAGUGGAGCCGCGCCAGGUGGGCCUCGCCAGCGGCAGUCGCCUCCUCGGCAGCCUCAAGACGAGGAUCCUCGGCUUGGCCGGUGGCAGCCAGGUGCUACGCACCAUCCAAGUAGCCGCACAACAAGCUCUGCAGGACGGCUGGAGUGUCCUUUUGCCCACUGCAGCGGAGCGAGCCCAAACGCUCACCUCGCUGCUGCCUUCGGAGCCCGGACAGGCCUCCUCCGCUGGCCACCGCUUCAUGACCGACCUCCUGGUCAGCUCCCUAAUGGCCGAGGGCGGACUGGAGUCGGCGCUGCAGCACGCCAUCCGGCUGGAGAGCAGCUCCUGCUCGGCGGACUGCGGGGAUGGCGUCCACUUGCCACUGCUGCAGCUGAUCACGCGACUGCUGGGCAACAAUGCGGCGCUCUCGCAGACGCGACUCUCGCCCAAUCUGGGCAAGAUGCAGCAGCAGCUGCAGCAGGAGAAGGAGGAGGAGGAGCGCGAGCAGCAGCACCAGGAGCCGAGCACCAGUCCCAGCUUGAGUUUGCUGCACCGCUUCCAGCGCUUGUUGCUGGCCCACAUCCACCAGGCGGAGCCGGAGGAGGAGACCACUGGCGCCGAAGCGCUGCUCCUGCAAUACCUGCACGCCCUGAUCCCCGCCUGCGUCAGCACCCUGCAGAAGGCCCACGAACUGGCGCAGCAGUGCCGGGAGCCGGGCGAACAUUCCCUCAGCCAGCAGGUGGGCCACCUGGGUCGCGUCCUCCAGGCGGACAUCUCGGACGCCCUGCUGCACGAGCUGCUGGUGGGUCUGGUGCUCCUCAAGCGCGACCGUCCCCAGUGCCUGGGUGGGCUGCGUUGGGCGCGCCUCUUCCUGCCCCUGCUCCGUGUCCUGGACAGACUGAAUCGAGCUCUCGGCGAGGGAGAACUGCGCGAUGGCGACGACAUGGGCUGGCCCGGGAUCAUUUGUCGCGGCGGACCCAAGGGUGGUCCGCCACCCGCCGAUGCGGAGACCCACUAUGUGCGCAGGGCGGACAUGGAGAACCUGCUCCUCGACGGCAGUCGCUGCAUCAUUCUGGCCGGCUACGUUUGCGAUCUCAGUGGAUACAAUUGCGAAUCGGAGGCACUGCGAGGCAUUUUGGACUCUGGUCUGGGCAAGGAUCUCACCGCCGAGUUGGGCAGUCAAGCGCACAGGAGCGCCAUGGAGCACAUACUGCAGCAGCACAAGCUGGGCAAGUACAUGGCCCAGGCCGGCAGCGAGGAGAAGUCAUCUGCCCCAGGACCCAGUAGGUUGACCCACUUCAGUUCGGAGUGCGCUCUGGCGCAGCUCCUGGGCCUGGUGGCCAACCUGAUGUGCAGCGGACCCGCUCUGCAGCCGGCGGAGCUGCAGUGCCGCCAGCUGGACAAGUCCAGUCUGCUGAGCGGUGGCCUGCAGCUCCUCCAGCCGAGCAAUCCCUUCGACGAGGAGAAGGGCGAGGCGCGCAGCAGUCACAGCUGCCACAGCACGGCGGGCAACACGCCCACGGAGCAGCCGCCGCCCCUGCCACUGCAGCAGCAACUGGCCACGGGACGCGGCAAGUCCCAGUUGCAGCAGCGAGCGGAUGCCUUCAUCGGCGGCUUGGCGGAGGCGAGACUCUCGGAGCCACCGGUGGCCGCCUGGCUGGCCCUCACCGAGCGCUACUGCAAGGCGCACAACCUGAUGUGGCACCAGGAGUUCGCGACGGAACACCCCGUCCAGGAGCUGGAGCGCCUGAUGAGCGCCGUCCUGAUUCGGCAUCAGUAUCUCGGUGGCCUGGUCCUGAGUGCUCUGGAGACGCUGGAAUCGCCGCCGCCGCGCCAGCUGGGCGAGAUCAUUCGGCUGGUGCACCAGGCCAAGUGGUCGGUGGUGCGCACGCGGCAGCAGCUGAACCGCAGCUACAAGGAGGUGUGCGCCCCGAUCCUCGAGCGCCUGCGCUUCCUCCUCUACGAGGUGCGGCCGGCGAUCAGUCCGCAGCAGCGUGGCUUGCGCCGCCUGCCGAUCCUGCAGCGUCCGCCGCGAUUCCGGAUGCUGGUGCGGAGGCUUCUGCAGGAGUUGCGCUCCUCGCGACAGCCGGCGAAGCCGGAGGAUCUGGUCAACGCGAGCAUUCAGCAGGAGCAGGAGAAGAAGCCGCAGCAGGCGAUGCCCAAGCAGGAGCUGGAGGAACAGGAGGAGGAGGAGUCGCUGCUGCGGCGGCUCAACGAGAAGCAGAUCCACGGCGAGGGAGAACUGGAUCCCGCCCUGAUGCAGGACAUCGUGGACUUUGCCCUGCAGGACAGCUGCGAUGUGGAGACCGCGCGACGCGCCAUGUACUGCCAGAUGCAGCGCUACCAACUGCGGCUGGCCGGACUGCAGCUGGUCCAGCAGCUGCUCGAGCUGCACGGCCUGUUGGAUGCGGCGCAGUACAGCCUGCUCAACGGAUUCCUGGGACUCCAUCUGAAGUCCACGUCGACGGGCGGAGGCGGAGGAGGAGGAGCCUCGCCGGGAACUUCGGGGAGCUCGCUGCACGUUCUCGGCCAGCUGAACAUGAUAAGUGCCUACCAGAAGGCCAGGCUGCUGCUCGCCCAGGCCCGCGUCCUCGACUGGGCGGUGCGGGAGCUGCGGCGUCUGGUCAACCAGGAGCAGCAGGGCCAUGCCCGCGGCAAGGACAGCACCAACCUGGGAACCUAUGUGCUGCUGAAGCGGCUGCCCCGCGCCCGCUUCCUGCUGAGUGUGUUCGGUCUGCUGGCCAAGGAGCUGGGUCCCAACGAACUCGGCCUGCUGAUCAACUCCGGCCUGCUGGGCACCGUGCUGGGACUGCUGGCGCAGACGGGCGGCGAAGGCGCCACCAGCGGCCAGGUGCACGGCGAACUGAGCAUCCUGUACGAGGACAGCGUGCUGAAGCAGAAGUCCAGCAAGGCGCAGCUGAGUGGUCCCGACCUGGCCAAGCUGAUGAAGAUCGGCACGCGGAUCGUGAGGGGAGCGGACUGGAAGUGGGGCGACCAGGAUGGCAAUCCGCCAGGCGAGGGACGAAUCAUCAGCGAAGUGGGCGAAGACGGAUGGGUUCGUGUGGAGUGGUACACGGGAGCCACCAACUCGUAUCGCAUGGGCAAGGAGGGUCAGUACGACCUCCAGCUGGCGGACAGUGCUCUCAACGUGGCCUCGCCCACGGAACCGGAACGGGAGGAUGUCUCCGGCAGCGAGGCGUCGCCCAGCAGCGAUUCGCAUCCAUCGAAGCUGCUGCGCCAUUGCGCCGCCAAGCUCCUGCAGAUCCUGGCCGUGGGAAGUGGCCUCCAUGGCGCCCAGCUGGACAAGCACGCCCUGCGCGGCAUGACCAGCAUGUUCCGGGCCAUCGUCUACCCCAAGCCAUCGAUGGCCAGCAUCUCCCAUUCGCUGGGGUGGCUCAACCUCGGAUUCAUUCGCGCCAUUUCCGGUGACUGCCCGCGCCUCUGCCUGGAGCUGAGCACGCCCGGCUGGCUGAGCCACUACCUUUCGCUGCUGGAGCAGCCGGCGGGCAACGAGGCGGGCGUGUACCGACAGCUCCACUGCCUGCGCCUGCUGCAGUUCAUCCUGGCGCAGUGGGGCAUCGAGGAGGAGCCCCGCAUGCCCGCCCUGGUGCACCAGCUGUUCGCCACCCUGGGUCGCAUUGCGCUCCACUGUCCCGGGGACGCCAGUCUGCUGCCCACGGCCGAGGGCAAGGCGCGCGUCCUGCUGACCGCCUCCCACUCGGGCAGCGUGGCCGAGGAGCUGGUGGCCCUGCUCCGGCGCCUGCACACGCUGCCCUCCUGGAACCCGGUGAUCAACUCCUUCCUGGCGCAGAAGCUCUGCGUGGCCGCCGAGCUGCUGGCGGAGCAGUCGCCCCACUCCGCGCAGCUGGACAGCGAGCAGGUGUUCGUCCUAGGAGUGCUCGGGGCCAUGGGUGGCCACGACCUGCGCCCGCGCGUCGGACUCCACUGCUUCCACGAGGGCAGCCACAUGGUGAUAGCCAGCUUCACGCCGAAGGGCCGCUGCCUGCUGGCGCCCGGCGGAGUGGGUGCGUCCGGUACGGGAUUCGUGAAGGUGCAGCUGUCGGCGGUGAUGCCCCACCUGGACCACAGUGUCUUCAGCCUGAGCCGGCUGCCCAUGAACGAGAUGCUGCUGAAUGCCUGGACCGUGCUGCUCUACGGACCGGCGCAGGAGCUCCGGGAGAUGCCCUCCAGUCCGGACGGUCGUCUGGACCUGGCCCUGCUGCGGGCCCAGCAGCUCCAGCUGGCGGUGCUCCACACGAACGGAGUGCUGUACCGCCACCAGGUGGCACUGCGUCGCAUCCUCAAGCAACGGGCGCCGGGCAACAUCUACGCCUCCGCCGACGAGCCGGAUCGCAGUGAUCCCGAGUCGCAGCAGUCCGGGGAACAGGAGCCGGAGCAGCAGCUGUCCACCGGAAGUGGAAGUGGCCAGGAGGCGCAGCUCCUGAUACAGUGCAUCCUGCUGAGAGCCACCCAGGCGUCUCCGGUGAAGGCCUGCUAUAGCUACAUGGACCUGGCGACCGCCGCUCUCAAUUGCGUCCAAUCUCUGGCCACCCAGGCGCACCAGGAGCUCAGCGAUGGCGGUGGCGUGGCCACCAGUGCGUCCGCUCUCGCCACUCCUCCCCAGCCGACGAUGGUGCACGGAGUGCCCGUAUACAAUGUGGCCAGGAAGGAGCAGAAGCCACCGGAGCCGGCUGAAGCGAAGUCCAAGUGGCCGGCGGCCGCCACGGAUGCCCAGCUGAUCAACCAGAUCAUGGAGAUGGGAUUCACGCGACGCACCGUGGAGCUGGCACUCAAGCAGCUCUCGCUGCAGGCGGAGAUCAUGCCCACGCCCGAGCAGAUCGUCCAGUGGAUCCUCGAGCAUCCGGACGUGUGUGCCAACACCAUCGAGGAGGAUCCCCUGCCGCUGGCGACCGCCGCCGCCGCCGCGACGCACGAUCCCGAGGCGGACUCGGACAACGAGUGUCCCAGCUCGAACUCCACCACCUCGUCGUCGUCCGCCUCCUCGGACACCGUGGAGGGCCAGCCGGCGGCCGGAGGCAGUGCAGCCGCCUCGCCGCCGGUGAAGUUCGAGUCGCGCAAGGACUUCCAGACCGCCGAUCUGUAUGCGCUGUAUGUGCGCGGCCUGGUGCGUCCCGGGAUGACGGUGCGCUGCUGCCGCGACUUCGAGGAGAUCAAGCAGGGCGACAUGGGCACCGUGCUCAUCGUGGACACCGAGGGACUGCACGACCUCAACGUCCAGGUGGACUGGCGCAACCACGGGAGCACCUACUGGGUCUGCUUCGUCCACAUCGAGUUGGUGGAGGCGGCGCAGGCCCAACACCAGCCACGCCCACCGCCCAUCGCCGUGGGAGCAAGGGUGCGACUGCGCACCGCCGCGAUGCGGUACGGAAUGCUCUGCCAGCUGAGGCUGGGCCGGAGCCAGGGAUCAGCGGCCGUCGGAGUGGUGAGUGCGGUGCGGAGCAAGCAGCUCACCGUCGACUUUCCGGAUCUGCCCGCCUGGCAGGGCCACAUCAACGAGGUGGAACUGGUGGCCCCGCUGCCCCCCGCCGCCGCCUCCACUGCGCUCGCUCCCCUGGGAGACUCCUCCGCCGUCGCCGCCGCCUGCGGCCAGGUGGCACCCAGCGACCUCAUCGACGACUGGUCGCGAUGCAUCCGCUCCCUGACCGUCAGCUCCAACGAGGCGGCGGCCAAGCACCUGCUGAACGGGAGCAACCAGCCAUGGCAGAGCUGCUCCAGCGGACCGUGUCGCCAUUGGAUUCGCCUCGAGCUGCACGAUCGCAUCCUCGUGCACAGCCUCACCCUGAAGGUCAGCCCGGAGGAUCACUCGCACAUGCCGUCCCUGCUGGAGAUUCGGGUGGGCGAGUGUGUGGACAGCCUGAAGGAGUACACAUGGAUCCCGGUGCCGGCGGGAGCCAGCCGGGUGCUGCUCAUGCAGCAGGUGCCCACCUACUAUCCCUGGGUGGAGGUGGUGGUCAAGCAGUGCCAGAACAACGGCAUCCAGUGCAAGAUCCACGGCCUCAAGUUCGUGGGUCGCCGCCAGCAGCCGGACCUCCAGCACAUCCUGGCCAACGCCCAGUUCCUGGCCAGCGAGUACAGCACGGCCGUGGGUCCGGGAUCGGCGGCCGCCGGAGCAGUGGGAUCGGGAGCAGCAGGGAGCUGCGAUCCGGGAGCUGCUCCCGAACAGGAUCUGCCCUGCACCGUGAUGGUGUGGGGCCUCAACGACAAGGAGCAGCUGGGCGGUCUCAAGGGGUCCAAGGUGAAGGUGCCCACCUUUUCGCAGACGAUCAGUAGACUGCGUCCCAUCCACAUCGCCGGCGGCUCCAAGAGCCUGUUCAUCGUCAGCCAGGACGGGAAGGUGUACGCCUGCGGCGAGGGCACCAACGGACGCCUCGGCCUCGGCGUGACCCACAACGUGCCCCUCCCACACCAGCUGCCCGUGCUGCACCAGUACGUGGUGAAGAAGGUGGCGGUGCACUCGGGCGGCAAGCACGCCCUGGCCCUCACGCUGGACGGGAAGGUGUUCUCCUGGGGCGAGGGCGAGGACGGCAAGCUGGGACACGGCAACCGGACGACACUGGACAAGCCGCGCCUGGUGGAGGCGCUGCGCGCCAAGAAGAUCCGCGACGUGGCCUGCGGCUCCUCGCACUCGGCGGCCAUCAGCAGCCAGGGCGAGCUCUACACCUGGGGCCUGGGCGAGUACGGCCGGCUGGGUCACGGCGACAAUGCCACCCAGCUGAAGCCCAAACUGGUGGCGGCCCUCGCCAGCCGAAGGGUCGUCCAGGUGGCCUGCGGCAGUCGGGAUGCUCAGACUCUGGCGCUCACCGAGGAUGGAGCGGUGUUUUCCUGGGGAGACGGCGACUUCGGGAAACUGGGACGCGGCGGCAGCGAGGGAUCCGACAUGCCGCACGAGAUCGAACGGCUCUCGGGGAUCGGGGUGGUGCAGAUCGAGUGCGGCGCCCAGUUCAGCCUGGCCCUGACCCGGGCCGGCGAGGUGUGGACCUGGGGCAAGGGCGACUACUACCGCCUGGGCCACGGCGGAGACCAGCACGUGCGCAAGCCACAGCCCAUCGGAGGACUGCGCGGGCGGAGGGUCAUCCACGUGGCCGUGGGCGCCCUGCACUGCCUGGCGGUGACGGACGCCGGCCAGGUGUACGCCUGGGGAGACAACGACCACGGGCAGCAGGGCAGCGGGAACACGUUCGUGAACAAGAAGCCCGCCCUGGUCAUCGGACUGGAUGCGGUGUUCGUGAACCGCGUCGCCUGCGGCAGCUCCCACUCCAUCGCCUGGGGACUGCCCAAUGCCACGCUGGACGAGGAGAAGCGCGGACCGGUGCCCUUUGGCAGCACCAGGGAUCCCCUGGGAGGAAGUAGUUUGGGCAUCUACGAGGCGGAGGCGGUGCAGAGUCCCAAGCCGGAGGCCAAGCCGCCCAGCCUCACCAGUCUGAGCGAGAGCCUGGCCCUCGAGACUCCAGCUGCUCGACAAGCGGCCCUGGGCCAUGUCCUGCGCGCCAUGAGCAUCCUGCAGGCCAGACAACUCAUCGUGGCCGCCCUGACCAGUCACAGCAAGGUCAACUACAAGGAGCGGGGAGUCGCCGGCGGCGGAGGAGGAGGUGCCGAGGAGGAGCAGCUCACCGGAGGAGCACUGGCAGGAGGAGGAGGAGCACCCGCUCCACUCGCGGAGACCAUUGCCCAGGGAGGCGGUGAGGCGCCCGCCGAUGCCACCGACGCCGCUCUCCAGGAGCACAGUCCCGAUGCGGCCAUCGAUCUCCUGGCUGGAGGAGCAGCGGGAUCUGGAAGUGGAUCUGCAACCGGAACAGGAGGAACAGGAGCAGGGAUCUCCAGUGGAGCUGUCACACUGCCACCACUCACAGCCGGACCGCUGAGCGCCUUCCAGAGCCUCACGGGCUCCCUGUCCAUGUCGGGAUCCCUCUCGAGCAGCGCCCUGCCCCAGCACAAGCACUCGAGGAUGUCGGCCAGUGCCAUGUCCGUGAUGGCGGCCACCAUGACGCAGCAGGAGGAGAUGCUCUCGCACAUCGGCCAAUACGGCCACGGGCUGGACGACUUCGGUGGGCUGCUCGGCGAGGCGGAGGCCAAGAGCCUGGUGGAGCUGCUGAAGCUGGCGGUCUGCGGACGCUGCGGACCGCCGAGCACCGCCCAGACCAUCGCCGACACGCUGAUCUCGCUGGGAGCUGGAGCACCGCCGGUGGCGGCCAUGCUCCUCGAGACGUGCAUCACGGAGCUGGAGGAUCUGUGCACGUCGCGCCACUGCCUGGGCAAGCUGCCCAAGCCGGUGAUGCAGGAGAGCAGCCACCCGUACGUGGACAACGUGAACGUGACCGGCGUGGUGCGGAUUCCCGGGGCGGAGAUGCUCCGCCUGGAGUUCGACAGCCAGUGCAGCACGGAGAAGCGCAACGAUCCGCUGGUGAUCAUGGACGGAACCGGUCGGGUGCUGGCCAUGCGCUCCGGCCGGGAGUUCGCCCACUGGGCACCCGAGAUCCGGGUGCCGGGCGACGAGCUGCGCUGGAAGUUCUCCUCGGACUCCUCGGUGAACGGAUGGGGCUGGCGCUUCUGGGUGUUCGCCAUCAUGCCGGCGGCGACGCUGGGCGAGAGUGGCUCCGAUCGGGCGGUGCUGUCGCAGCCCUCGAUGGCGCUGGUCAUGUCGCUGCUGGACUCCCGCCUGGCUCCCCGCCAGCCGAGCGUGCUGCUCCGCCUGGCCUCCGCCCUGGCCGCCUGCUCCCAGCUGGGCGCCCUGACCACCGCCCAGAGGAUCUGGUCGCUGCGCAAGCUGCACGCCGUCCUCCUCCUGGACCAGGCGCCGCGUCCCCAGGAUCCGUCGCUCUCCGCCCUGCUGCAACCGCUCAUCCCGGAGCUCCUGCGGCAGUACGAGUACGAGGAGCCGCAGGUGCGCGGUGGCAUCCACCUGAUGCACUCGGACUACUUCAAAACCCUGGCUGCCCUCGCCUGCGACAUGCAGCUGGAUGCCACGCUGCCGGCCAACUCCGCACUGACCACUUCAUCCUCGACUGCUGCUGCUGCUGCUGCUGGAGGCUCCUCCUCCUCCGCCGCCACGGGAGAUGUGCACAAGUGGGCGUGGUUCAAGCGCUACUGCAUCGCAGUGCGAGUGGCGCAGUCCCUCAUCCGCCGCACGGAGCUGCCGAGAGCCUUCUGCCUGGAGGUGCGCAAGAAGUUCGCCGAGAUGCUCCCGAGUUCGAAUUCGAAUUCCAAUCCAAAUGGGAAUCCCAAUGGGAAUGCAAAUCCCGGUGGCCAGUCCCCGGGAGCCUCCAUGCUGAACUCCACCACCUCGCUGUCCUCCAGCACGGCGAGCAAUGUGUCCCCACCACCGGGGAAUCAAAGUGAUCACCAGGAUCUGCACUGCCACGCCCACCAGCUGGAGUCCACCAGCGGCACGCUGCUGCACGAGGACCACACGCUGUUCCAGGCGCCGCACGACGCCCAGCUGCUGCAGUGGCUCAACCGACGACCGGACGACUGGGCGCUCAGCUGGGGCGGAGCCAGCACCAUCUACGGCUGGGGCCACAACCACCGCGGCCAGCUCGGCGGCCUGGAGGGGAGCCGGAUCAAGACGCCCACGCCCUGCGAGGCGCUCAGCCUGCUGCGUCCGGUCCAGCUGGCCGGCGGGGAGCAGUCCCUGUUCGCCGUCACCCCGGACGGCAAGCUCUUUGCCACGGGCUACGGUUCCGGCGGCAGACUGGGCGUGGGCGGCAGCGACAGCUGGGCCAUUCCCACGCUCCUGGGCUCCCUGCAGCACGUGUUCGUCAAGAAGGUGGCGGUGAAUUCCGGCGGGAAGCACUGCCUGGCGCUGACCACCGAGGGCGAGGUGUACGCCUGGGGCGAGGGCGAGGACGGCAAGCUGGGCCACGGCAACCGGAUGAGCUACGACCGGCCGAAGCUGGUGGAGCACCUCAACGGAAUGAGCGUGGCGGACAUCGCCUGCGGCAGCGCCCACUCGGCGGCGAUCACGGCCAGCGGCCAUGUGCUCACCUGGGGCAAGGGACGCUACGGCCGACUGGGACACGGCGACUCCGAGGACCAGCUGCGACCCAAGCUGGUGGAGGCGCUGCUCGGCUAUCGGGCCAUCGACAUCGCCUGCGGAUCGGGAGACGCCCAGACGCUCUGCAUCACGGACGACGACAACGUUUGGAGCUGGGGCGACGGCGACUACGGGAAGCUGGGACGCGGCGGCAGCGACGGCUGCAAGCUGCCCUACAAGAUCGAGAGUCUCGCCGGCCUCGGAGUGGUGAAGGUGGAGUGCGGCUCCCAGUUCUCGGUGGCGCUCACCAAGUCCGGAGCGGUCUACACGUGGGGCAAGGGCGACUUCCAUCGCCUGGGCCACGGAUCCGUGGACCAUGUGCGUCGACCCAAGAAGGUGGCUGCCCUGCAGGGCAAGAAGAUCAUCUCGAUAGCCACCGGUUCGCUGCACUGCGUCGCCUGCAGUGACUCCGGCGAGGUGUACACCUGGGGCGACAACGAUGAGGGUCAACUCGGCGAUGGCACCGUCACUGCCAUCCAACGACCGCGUCUGGUGGCCGCCCUGCAGGGCAAGCACAUCGUCAAGGUCACCUGUGGAUCGGCGCACACUCUGGCCCUCUCCACAUCGCAGUUGAGCGAGCGCCUGCGUCCGCUGCCCAAUCCUCCGCUGGAGUACGACUUGGUGCGGGAUCUGGCGCCGGAGGCACUGCACGCCCGCCUCAUCUUGCUGCACCACUUCUCGGAGCUGGUGUGCCCCUGCCUGGCCAUGCUGCCCAUCGCGGGCGAUCUGAGUCUGGGCGCCCUCAAGGACGUGCUCGUGUACAACAUCAAGGAGGCGGCGUUCCGCAAGGUCAUCCAGACGACAAUGGUGCGGGACAAGCAGCACGGACCCGUCAUCGAGCUGAAUCGCAUCCAGGUGAAGAGGUCGCGGAGUCGCUGCAACGGACUGGCCGGCGUCGACGGGAUGAAGAGCGUCUUUGGCCAGAUGGUGCAGAAGCUGCCGCUGCUCACCCAGGAGGCCCUGGCCCUGCCGCACCGCGUCUGGAAGGUGAAGUUCGUGGGCGAGAGCGUCGACGACUGCGGCGGCGGCUACAGCGAGUCCAUCGCCGAGAUGUGCGACGAGCUGCAGAACGGCAGUGUUCCGCUGCUGAUCAGCACGCCGAACGGGCGGGGCGAGGCGGGCGCCAACCGGGACUGCUUCCUGCUGGACCCCACCCUCGGCUCGGUGCUCCAGAUGAACAUGUUCCGCUUCCUCGGCGUCCUCAUGGGCAUCGCCGUGCGCACCGGCUCGCCGCUGAGCAUCAAUUUGGCAGAGCCCGUGUGGCGACAGCUGACCGGAGAGGUGCUGCGACCCACGGACCUCACCGAGGUGGACCGCGACUACGUGGCCGGGCUGCUCUGCAUCCGGAACAUGGACGACGACCCGAAGCUGUUCAACGCCCUGGAGCUGCCCUUCUCGACGUCCUCGGCCCGCGGACACGAGGUGCCGCUGUCGACGCGAUACACGCACAUCUCGCCCAGAAACCGGACGGAGUACGUCCGCCUGGCACUCGGGUUCCGGCUGCACGAGUUCGACGAGCAGGUGAAGGCGGUGCGGGACGGCAUGUCCAAGGUGAUUCCAGUGCCUUUGCUCUCGCUCUUCUCCGCCGCCGAGCUGCAGGCGAUGGUCUGCGGCUCCCCGGACAUUCCGCUCGGCCUGCUCAAGUCGGUGGCCACCUACAAGGGCUUCGAUCCGAGCUCGGCCCUCGUCUCCUGGUUCUGGGAAGUGAUGGAGGAGUUCACCAACCAGGAGCGAUCCCUGUUCCUGAGGUUCGUGUGGGGCCGCACCCGCUUGCCGCGCACCAUCGCCGAUUUCCGGGGACGCGACUUCGUGCUGCAGGUGCUGGAGAAGAAUCCACCCGACCACUUUCUGCCCGAGAGCUACACCUGCUUCUUUCUGCUCAAGAUGCCCCGCUACUCGUGCAAGGCUGUGCUGUUGGAGAAGCUGAAGUACGCCAUCCACUUCUGCAAGAGCAUCGAUACGGACGAGUAUGCACGGGUGGCCAUGGGCGAACCCACCGAGGCGACCGGCAGCGAGGACAACAGCGACCUGGAGUCGGUGGCUAGCCACGAGGGCUGAUCCCACUGACCGACCGGCGGCCCAAACUGAACCGACCUGCUCCCCAACCAGAGCAGCUAAGCAAUGAAACCAAAUACCAAAAUAAUCGAACAAAAAGAAGAAGAAACAAGCAAGAGUCUUGGAAACCUGGCGAAUCUCGCAGAUGUUUAGGAUCCUCUCACCCACUAGGACACACGAAGCCUUCAAAGUUAAACCCACUCACGCGACACGUACACAUAUAUACACCUAUAAACAUAUAUUUUAAACUAGCACUUCAAAGCGAGCGAGACGGCAGAUCGAGCGAAUGAAAGAGACAGCGAGAAAAAGAAAGCGAUGAAAGCGAAAGAGACGGCGAGAGAGCAAAAAGAAUAUACGAUCGAUUGAUCGCCAAAUGAAACCAAAAAGCAAAGCGUUAAAGUUAUUUCCAUAUUAUAUUAUAUAUAUAUAUAUUUAUAUAUGUAUAUAUAUAUACAUAUAAAUUUAAAUAUAAAUGUUAGUUGAAGUCCACUCAUAAUUAUACACAAGGCUUAAACGUUAGACGCAAUCCCAUCCAUUCCCAUCCAUCCCUUAUCCGAAUCCGAAAUCCUGCCCAAAAAACAGUUAAUAAGCUAAUUGAUAACCCUAAUAUAACAAAAACAAAACACACGGCUGAAUCCGUUUCUAAUGAAGAUCUAUUCAAAAGUUAAAUGCGCCCAAAAGGCGCCGCAAAGAAAACUAUCUGAACUAAACUGCAGCUAAAUAAAAUAUUAUGAAAACCAA